AUGAGCGCAAUACUCUCAGCGGACGAUUUGUCCGACUUCAUACAGCCUUCUGUGGCAUGUAUCAAGCCAAUCGAGACUCUACCUGCGAAGUCUUCGAUAGAAAACAAUGAACUUGAAAUAAGCUUCAACUCCGAAUCUCAACCCACCACCGCUCCUCCCGCCGAGAUCUCCCUUACGGACUGUUUAGCAUGUUCUGGUUGUGUCACAUCUGCAGAAGCAGUGUUAGUCUCCAUGCAAUCACACGCUGAAGUUUUGUCGGAACUCGACUCUGCACCAGCACUGCGGCUUCGUGCCAAUACAGCAGGCAAUAUUGGCAUAGAAAACUUGGAGGAUGGAGGACGCAUAUAUGUUGCAAGUGUUAGCCCACAAUCAAGAGCAAGUAUCGCCGCCACCUUUGGGGUCACUGAGCGAGAAGCGGGAUUUAUGAUUGAGCAGCUGUUGAGUGGUCCAAAAGGCAUCAAGAGCCGAGCUGUCUACAGGAAUGGGUUCCAAUGGGUUGUGGACACAAAUGUUACCAGGGAAGCCUGUCUAGUAUUGGGUGCAGAGGAAGUUAUUGGUUCUGUCAUCGCUGGCAAAGGGGAAACGAAGCAACCUGCCAAACCUAUUCUAACAUCUUCGUGCCCUGGUUGGAUUUGUUACGCCGAGAAGACACACCCACACAUUCUACCUCAUCUAUCACGAUUAAAAUCACCACAAGCUUUGAUGGGAACAUUAUUGAAGACAACCCUCAGUCGAAAACUUGGUAUUUCUCCCGACAGAAUUUGGCACGUUGCUAUAAUGCCCUGUUUCGACAAGAAGCUAGAAGCUAGUCGAGAAGAACUGACAGAUGCGGCCUGGGAAGGCACUGGCAUUCGAGGAAUCCGAGACGUCGACUGUGUUAUCACAAGCAAGGAACUUCUAAUGCUAGCGGACUCGAGAAGGGUCGACUUUGCCAAGUUGCCUCGGAGCCCACUACCCACUCGAAUACCCUUCCCCGAAGCAAGACUAGAUUCAUUCCUCUUCCCAGCCGCUCGUCGGCGGAAGAACAAUGUGCCUGCUGCGGGAACAUCGGGAGGUAACCUCUAUUAUAUCCUACGGUAUUUUGCAUCCCAGCACCAAGGAGCCACGGUGGAGACAUCCCGUGGUCGUAAUGCAGAUGUAUUGGAGUAUUCCGUCACAUCUGCAACCGGCGAGCCUCUGUUGAAGGCAGCUCGAUACUAUGGCUUCCGCAAUAUCCAAAAUCUUGUUCGUAAGCUGAAGCCCGCAAGACCUUCUCGAAUGCCAGGCGGCAAGCCAAUUGGGAGCGCAAGGAAGGUUGGUGGUAAGUCUACCAGUCCGGAUUAUGCCUACGUAGAAGUAAUGGCUUGUCCUGGAGGCUGCACAAAUGGAGGCGGCCAAAUCAAGGUUGAUGAUCCUGUCGUCACUGGUAAGGCUAUUGGGGAGGUCAAAUCCGGUCCCCAGGAGCAAAAGGCAUGGCUAGCUCAGGUCGAUGAAGCCUACUUCUCUGGCGGAGAGUCCGGAGAUGAUGAAAGUACCUCAGACACCCCUGGUGAUGUCGUCGACGGCAUUGAUCCUUCGUACAUCAAAAAUAACCUAGAGCAUUGGGCCACGACGACAGGUCUAGACCUAGAGAGACUGGUAUAUACCAGUUAUCGAGAGGUAAUAAGCGACGUCGGUAAGAAAGUUGGCGAAACGGAGAGGGUCAUACAGAUCGCCUCAAAGGAAGGAGGCGGUUGGUAA